AUUGCUUACCAUAUUAAUAAUUUUAUUACAUUUUUAUUUUUAUUAUAUUCGACAGGUUUAAUUCUGGUGGUCUAAAUUUUGCUAAAGUUCCUCAUAACGACGUAGAAGGAUAUCGAAAAACAAUUGAUCACAUGAUGGUUGAGGAAUUUUAUUGGAGACCUUAUCUCGGGUUCCAACAUGAAGUUUCAGAAGAAGAUAGGGCCACUUGGAGUGCAUGUACUUAUCUACUCUGUUAUCAUAUUGUUGAAAAACAUCAUACAGAUAGGGUCACACUCCAGUUUGGUUUACAUCAACAAAUACCACAACCACCAGAGGACAUGAAAUUGUAUCACGAGGUCGACAUGAGGCGUGGGAUUGAUGAUAAUUGGACUUGGGUUUGGAGGGAAUAAAUAAACCAUUGGAAUGAGCGCCAUAAUUACGUGUUGCAAGGUAACAUCGUACAAGGUGUUUUAUGUCAUAGCACAAAAUAUAUGAUUUGGUUUAGACAACACACCAAAUUGUUUAUAUCUGUAGAACAAUAUCUUCGUGAUCCCCGUUUACAACCGCCGUCAUAUCCUCGUGUGCAAUCGACCUCCCAAUCAACCCCACAACACCAAUACACAGCAAGACCGUCUUCAUCAUCACCUCACAUACAUGUCGCUACUGAAGUUCCAUUUUAUGAUCCACCACCAUCUCAGUAUUACGUUCCGUCGGUGCCAGAAAUACCAACACCCGGUUAUCCGACAGAAGAUGGGCUUCUCUAUAAUUUGUUUGGAACUCAGUGCACAACUCCUGAGUCGGCAUAUGCUGUAUUUGAUUCAAUGUAUAAUCAACAAUCCCAAAAUGUAAUGGAACCAGGUGGCAGUGGUUCUAAUCCAUCUACAGCUUACAUUGAAGAAAAUGAUCAAAAUGACGAUGAACCGGAAGAACCGCAACUUGUUCAGAGAGCUAGACGAGUUCGACGACAUCGUACAUGUGGGACUGGGGGUCAUUUAGGUGGACAUCAUUGAUAUAAAUUUAAUGUAUUUUGUUUUUUCAAAUUUGA